AUGUUGCCGUAUAUGCUUGCUUUUAUCAUUUGUCAAUCAAUCUUGGCAAAUGUAUUUUCUCAAAAAUAUAUCUGUCCAGAUAAUGUCAUGUAUUUGGAUCUGAAAACAUGUAAUCCAAAUGAUCGUAAUCAAUGUCCAAAAAAUUUCGCCUGUCGACGUAGUCGUUUAUCCAGAUUUGGUAUUAUAACCAAUGAAAUAAUUCAUCUAUGUUGUGAAGCUAAUAAUAUGACGAUUGGAAAUUGGUUUGAAGAGCUAGAACUAUCACCUCAAAUAUUUCCACAAUUUCCAUCAUCCAGUCUCGAUUAUGUAAAGAUAAGUGAUUUUGAUGAGGAACAUCCUUCACCAAUCGUUCAUUUGGGUGAUGAAUUACAAGUGCUUAAUUAUCCGAAUUAUAUAACUGCUAAUAUACAAGCUUUUCAAUUUCAAUCAAUAAUUCCAGCUCCUGGUGGAUAUCUUCAUGUUAUUUCAUUAAUUGAUGUUACUAAAAAAUCAACUGCAUUAUUUAUUGACUAUGAUUUAGAAUCAUCAGGUUCCAAAUUAGUAAAUGUUAAAAAUAUCACUGAUUCGAGACAUCACUUCUUCGGAUAUAUCAGUAAUGGAACUGUACCUCUGCAACAUACUUGUAAGCUUUAUUAUUCUUUUAAAAAGUUGAAUCAGCCAUCUUUUCAUAUUUUACAACCUAUAUUUCGAACAAAUCAGUGGAUUAUACGGUGGAAGCAUGUAAAAUAA